GUUUUUCACAAUGACAACCAUCUGUUUGUACAGAUUAAAUCCUCCACGCAUAUUAUUUUUCUUCGUAACAACUGUCACACUAGAUAAAUAACAAUGACACGACAUAGACAUAUCCCGUUUAAUUUCUUCCCAGCUCUAGACAAAUCUAUAAAGUUGAAGUUGAAAGAAGCAAAUAAAAAUUGUCCCUGAAGGAAACACUUAUAACUUACCAUUGUCUACAAUCACUUCUAUCCAUUUCUCAAUUAUGAGCUGGUGGUGGUCCGGAGCUAUCGGCGCUGCCAAGAAGAAAUUUGAUGAAGAUGAAGCGCCCCGAAACUUCCAGAGCGUGGGACUAGUAAUCGGUAUAACAGGCAUCGUCGGAAACAGCCUCGCUGAAAUUCUACCUCUGGCCGACACACCAGGUGGUCGAUGGAAAGUCUACGGCGUUGCACGGCGUCCACGACCUUCCUGGAACGCCGAUCAUCCGAUCGAAUACAUCCAAUGCGAUAUCACCGAUCCAAACGACACACAAACCAAACUCUCCGUUCUCACUGACGUCACACACAUCUUCUACGUCAGUUGGACAAACCGUCCAACGGAAGCUGAAAACUGUGAAGUUAACGGCGCUAUGUUGAAAAACGUUCUCAGUGCUGUUAUCCCAAACGCUCCGAAUCUCCGCCACGUGUCACUUCAGACCGGUGGAAAACACUAUUUAGGACCGUUUGAUCUGAUCGGGAAAAUUAAGAGUCAUGAGCCUCCGUUUACCGAGGAUCUACCGCGUUUGGAUGCACCGAAUUUCUAUUACACUCAGGAAGAUAUUUUGUUUGAAGAAACCAAAAAGAAAGAGGGUUUGAGUUGGUCUGUUCAUAGACCACAAGUUAUCUUUGGAUUUUCACCUUAUAGUUUGAUGAAUAUUGUUGGUACUCUUUCUGUUUAUGCAGCAAUUUGCAAACAUGAAGGUGUUCCGUUGAGAUUUCCCGGUACAAAAGGAGCUUGGGAGUCUUAUUCUGUGGCUUCUGAUGCUGAUUUGAUUGCAGAGCAACAUAUUUGGGCGGCGGUGGAUCCUUAUGCGAAGAAUGAAGCGUUUAAUUGUAGUAACGGUGAUGUUUUCAGGUGGAAGCAGUUAUGGAAGGUUUUGGCGGAACAGUUUGGGAUUGAGGAGUAUGAAUUUGUUGAGGAAGGUCCUCGUUUGAAGUUGUCGGAGUUGAUGAAGGAUAAGGGUGCUGUUUGGGAGGAGAUUGUGAAGGAGAAUCAGUUGACACAAACGAAGCUUGAAGAUGUUGCUGAGUGGUGGUUUGUGGAUCUUAUGCUUGGAGGGGAAGGAACUGUAGAUAGCAUGAAUAAGGCUAAAGAACAUGGGUUUGUGGGAUUCAGGAAUACCAAGAAUUCUCUCAUAUAUUGGAUAGAUAAGACCAAAGGUUACAAGAUUGUUCCGUGAGUAAAUGUUGUUGAUCUUCUUUCUGUUUUUGUACAAGUUAAACUAGAACUCCAGUUGCUUAAUAAUGGGUUAAAGAAAUUGUACAUUUAUCCUUGUUUAUGAUCAUGUUGUGUGUGCUGUUUCAUUGUUGUACUAAUAAUAAUAAUGUUGUACUGUGAGAUUGAAUUUUGCUUUUUGUAAAUGAAUUCUUGCUGCUGGAGUACCUCUCUUA